AGAAGCGGGUUGUCCUGACGCGGGCCCGGCGUGAGAGGGGUGGCGUCACCGCGGGUAUAUAAGUGGCGCGCGACGGCAACUCAGCUCAGUGCGCGGUCAGACUGGGAAACAUCAUGACCAGGUUACGCGUGGCGGUGGUCCUUGGCCUCCUGGGCAUUGUGGUCGCCCAGGAGCUUGAUGCGCAGGCGGAGGAUUUCACGAAGGCGCUGUGUGCAGAGAAGGGCCCCGGCGAGUGGUUCCGUCUGGCGGUGACUGACUGCAGGGACGUGAUCCAGUGCACAGAGGCCGGUCUUCAGGCGCUCCGCUGCCCCCAUGGCCUGGCCUUCGAUCUGGAGCUCCAGACCUGUGACUGGAAGGGCAACGUGAAGAACUGCGACAAGAAGAUCAAGACGAAGAAGGCGAAGCCACUGUUCCAGACCAGCGAACCAUUGUGUCAGGAGAACCAGCUGGCCUGCGGAGAUGGCACCUGCAUGGAGCAACACCUCUUCUGCGACGGCAAGGAGGACUGUUCCGACGGCUCUGAUGAGAACGCCUGCGACGUGGACAGCGAUCCCAACAGGGCUCCCCUUUGCAACCAGGAGGAGUGCAUCCUGCCAGACUGCUACUGCUACCACAAUGGCAACGAGAUCCCCAAGGACAUGCUGGCCAAGGACGUGCCGCAGAUGGUUACGAUCACCUUUGAUGACGCCGUCAACAACAACAACAACGACCUCUACCAGCUGAUCUUCGAUGGCCGCGUCAACCCCAACGGCUGCAAUAUCAAGUCCACCUUCUUCGUGUCCCACAAGUACACCAACUACACCUCCGUCCAGGAGCUGCACCGUCAAGGACACGAGGUCGCUGUCCACUCCAUCAGCCACAACGCCAGCGAGGAAUUCUGGUCGCACGCUUCCGAGGACGAGUGGGAGCGUGAGAUGGCCGGCGCGCGCGUCAUCGUGGACCGCUUCGCCAACAUUACUGACAACUCUGUGAUCGGUCUCCGCGCCCCCUACCUGCGUGUGGGCGGCAACAACCAGUUCAGAAUGAUGGAAACGAACGCCUUCCUGUACGACUCCACCAUCACCGCACCUCUGCAGAACCCUCCCCUCUGGCCCUACACCCUCUACUACCGCAUGCCCCACGUGUGCCACGGCAACGCCCAGAGCUGCCCCACGCGUUCCUUCGCUGUCUGGGAGAUGGUCAUGAAUGAACUUGACCGCCGUGAAGACCCUGCGAUCGAGGCUGAGCUCCCUGGCUGCGCUAUGGUUGACUCUUGCUUCUCCAGCAAGCCAACCGCCGACCGCUUCUACAACUUCUUGGUUAACAACUUUAACCGUCAUUAUUUGGCGAACCGCGCUCCUCUCGGUCUCUUCUUCCACUCGGCCUUCCUGAAGAACGACCCCGAAAUCCUGGACGCCUUCCUCUUCUGGCUUGACGAGACCCUCGCCAACUACAAUGACGUGUACUUCGUGACCAUGACCCAGGUGAUCCAGUGGAUGCAGGACCCCAACCCCGUCAACCAGCUCAACAACUACGAGCCCUGGAGGGAGAAGUGCGUGAUCCAGGGUCAGCCCUACUGCGUCGGCGGCACCAACUGCGAACUGAACACCGAAGAGCUGCCCGGCGAGACCCUGCGCCUCAGCACCUGCAUGCGCUGCCCCAACAAGUAUCCCUGGCUAAAGGAUCCUCUGGGCGAAGGGUUUUUCUAAGACAAUAAUACGUUGAAAGACUCCUCGCUACCACCUGCCCCCCCGGGUGAGCCAGGAGUUCCCCCCUUUUCCACCCCUCUCUCCCUCACCCGGGGCGCAGCACCUAACCCUGUAAAUACUGUUUUAUAAUUGUGUAUACAUGAUUGUGUCCAGACGAGCGUGGCCGUGCCCUCACCGUCGCCCAUCACUCUUCCCCCUCAGCAUCUACUUUAUACCCUCCCUCACUUACCAUGACAGGUCGAGGUGGGUCAUACGCACUCUCAAAGAGGCCAUUUCAGGUCACUCCCGCUCCCCUCUCCCCCGUAUGUUCCCUUCCUAACCUCCCCCAGUCCCAGUGCGACCUGUUGCGGCCCUCUUCGUAUUUAUUAGAGCUGGAGGUUCCCCCUUUCUCUCUGCCUCCCCCUCUGGAGGUGCCCCCCCUUCCCUCAGCCUCCCCCUCUACACGGUCGGCCCCACCACCGGCACGUCGAGGUCUUACUAGCUGUGAUGAUCGCCGAGAUUAUUACUCAUUUGUUUUUAUUACUUUCCAUAUUUUGCGUUUCAUGUUACCCAAUAAAACAUUAUUCCUCA